GCGGCGUUCCACUUCCACCCGAAACCCCAAUCAAGCGUGCACUGCAUCUGCGUAGCCCGUUCACCACGCACGCGCUUCCCUCCCUACCGGGCGAUCUAUGGACGGCGACGGCGCGACGUGGGGGCAGCCGAUGCUGGAGAAGCGGCCGAGCCACCGGGAGCGGCAUUUCACGGCGGGGGAAGUGGUGCGGGACGUCAUCAUGGGGGUGUCCGACGGCCUCACCGUGCCCUUCGCCCUCGCCGCGGGGCUCUCCGGCGCCAGCGCGCCCUCCUCGCUCGUCCUCACCGCCGGCCUCGCCGAGGUCGCCGCCGGCGCCAUCUCCAUGGGACUCGGAGGGUAACUGCUCGAUCAAACUCUUGUCCACAAUCGUCGCGACUGAUGUAAGCGGUAGCUACCAGCGACUUCCGUUUGUCCUUUUACGCUAUCUCUGGCAAUGAGAUUUUACGAUUUCAUAAACUCAUCUGUGUGGCAAACAGUGAGUUAGUUAUUGUUAGCAGAAACGGCAAGAAAAAACGAAGUAGAUCAGCCAACAAAUCAUAGAGCACGACACAUAAAUUUACGUGGAAAACCUUCAACGUGAAGGGAAAAAUCACGGGCACCAGUCAAACGAAAACUUCACUAUAUGUGGAGUAUUUACGGAACGUCGUCCGUAGACGGCGACUCACAAGAGGAGUAAAUGAUGACGCGCUGCAAACUCUAAUUAGGAUCACUAACUUCGGCCUAAGCCUCCCGACGACGGGCCUCCACUGUACUCGCCAACACGGUCUCCAUAUGCAGAAUUUUGGAUCAUGUUCAUGAGAAAAAAAAACUCAAUUCAUGUAGUUUAUUCGGGUAGUCAGUUCGGUAGUUCAUGUUCGAUGACAGAGAUAGCUCUUUUGUAAACUUAAUUAGUUUGAGAUCGUUCUUCAGUGAAGCGUUCAAAUCCAGUGGCACCUCACAGCCAUAGCGAUCACUAAGGCCUUGUUCAGUUAUUGCUAUGCCACAUGGAUUCGAUGAGAUUGAAAAAUAGUAGAUAUUUUGACUUGCAAUAGAACCACCCAAUUAUCUUCAAUUUAGGACUUUUCGGUUAUUCCUAAACCUUAUGGAUUUGAAGGCUUUAGAUAAAAUUAUGAAGGAUUUAAACUUGUGGUAUGAAUUAAAACCAACUCAAUCUCCUACAAUUCAUAAGGGUUUUUGAUAAAAAUCGAACAAACCCUCACAUAGAAUGAGAUAAAAACGAACAAACCCUAAGGUGAAAAAAAACAUGAGCCUGUAAGUUUGCACUGUAUGUUCAGCAGAUUGCUGAACCAAACCCCCCAAAAAGCAAGUCGUUAGAACAAAAGCCAGCUCGUGAUAGACAAGUGUGUGGCCCCUCUUUCACGUGCUCUUCCAGCACGCUUGGGUGUUAGCUAUCACAACUUUUUAGGGCCGAGCAAAGUGGGAAACAAUGAUUUACAUCUUUGAAUCUGAGCACAAGACAAAGCACCACAUCGUUUUCAGAUAGAAAAGGGUGUCCACAGUCCACUAACGGCGCCAUGCGUGCAUGGCGUGCUAGCUAGGUACCUUGCGGCCCAGAGCGAGGCGGACCACUACAAGCGGGAGAUGAGAAGGGAGCAGGAGGAGAUCAUCACCGUCCCAGACACCGAGGCCGCUGAGAUUGGAGAGAUCAUGUCACGGUAUGGGCUCGAGCCGCAGGAGUACGGCCCUGUCGUCGCCGGGCUCAGGCGGAACCCUCAAGCUUGGCUAGACUUCAUGAUGAGGUUCGAGCUGGGACUGGAGAGACCGGAUCCCAGAAGGGCUCUGCAGAGCGCCUUCACGAUCGCACUGUCCUACGUGGUCGGCGGGCUGGUCCCUCUCCUGCCCUACGUGCUCGUCUCCGCCGCGCAGGAUGCCAUGCUCACAUCCGUCGGAGUCACGCUGGCCGCGCUGCUUUUCUUCGGCUACGUCAAGGGCCGCUUCACGGGGAACCGGCCGUUCGCCAGUGCCGUCCAGACCGCUGUCAUUGGAGCGCUCGCUUCGGCGGCGGCGUACGGGAUGGCGAAGGCUGUUCAGGCGAGGUAGUUGUUUGUUGGUGAGGCGGCGUCAGGCGUUUUGGGAACCAGGGCUGCGGUAAAACUGAAGAAAGCUGCAUACUUCUGAUCCUUUGGGGACUUCUCGUUACAGUGUUAAUCGCGGGAUCUAAUGCUAGUCUACUCUUUUGAAUAAAUCUAGGGAAGGAGAUAAUCAUAGAUAAAAUAUAUCUUCGCCUCACUUUGGUUAAUGUAAAGACUCUGAACUACAUAUUCAAUCAUUAUUACAAGCCAAUUGAGACUGCU